AUGAUGAGACAUCCUGUGGUACUCUGUUGUUUCCUUCUCAUCAUCGGUGAAGGCCUUACAGUAAGCAACAAACCCCGCAGGAGUGUUUUCUUCCAAGACAUGAACUUGAAGCAGUUCGAAGAGUCCGGUUUUAGCAGCUUGAGCUCUUUGAUGAUAAGAGAUGAUAUCGGCCAGCUUGUGGUCGGAGCCAGAGGGAAAGUGUUCACACUCAACUUGGAUGACAUCACCCAAAAGACCAGUGAGGCCAAAUGGACGGUCAGUUCAGCAGACAAAGCCCUCUGUCAAAUGAAAGGAAAGGACACUAAGGAAUGUGAUAACUUAAUUCGGACUCUACAGACACUGGAGGAUGGUAAAAUGCUAGUGUGUGGGACAAAUGCUUUCAACCCUGCAUGUGACUACUUGACUUUCACAAAUGGAAAUGUGUCCCUUGAGGGAAAUCAGCAGGUGAGUAGGGGGAAAGUUCCCUUUGACCCUCACCAACACUUUGUCACCCUAAUGAAUGGAAACACUUUCUACUCGGCCGCUUCCUCAAACUUUCUUGGCACAGAACUGGUGUUUCAGAGACAUGGACUGAACCCUCUCAAGACUGAAAUGUUACUCUCCUGGUUCAAUGAGCCUACCAUGAUAUCCUUAAGCCUCGUUGAAGCAAGCAAAAACAGUGAGGACGGUAUAGACGACUUUGUUGUGUUGUUCUUCACUGAGAACGCUGUAGAGGAACGUCAUGGCAACAUACAGGUGUCAAGAAUUGCCCGUGUCUGUAAGAGUGACAUGGGGGGCCAAAGGACCCUGCAGGGAAAAUGGACUUCUUUCUUAAAGGUCCGUUUGGACUGUCCAUUUGGCAAUGUUGGCUCCCCAUCCUUGGUCCAGGACGCGUUCCUUCUCCAAGACCAAAAAGACUGGAGGGAUAGCAUCUUUUAUGCCACGUUCACCAUUUACUCGGAGUCCUCAGGUGCUUGCAGUCAGUCUGCUGUCUGUGCCUACAAGCUCUCCGACAUUAGCCGGGUGUUCAGUGGUAGGUUUUUGACUGAGAGUGAUACUGGGAGCUGGGACACAUACGCAGGAGAGGAGCCAUUCCCUCACCCUGGUUCAUGCAUUAACGAUGAACUGCGGGCGGAAGGUGUGAUGACCUCUCUCGACUUCUCAGACAAAACUCUGCUGUUUGUGAAGAACCACCCUCUGAUGGAAGGGGCUGUCACACCAAUCACUGGCAAGCCUCUGUUGGUCCGCAUUGGGACACUUUUCUCCAAAAUUGUAGUGGACCAAGUCACAUCACUUGAUGGACAACUGCAUCAAGUGAUGUUUAUUGGCACAGAGUCUGGUUGGCUUCAGAAGGCAGUGAGGUUUGAUGGUGAGGAAGGCCGCGUCAUCGAGGAGCUGCAAGUGUUUCCAACUCCUCAGCCUGUCAACUUUCUCCAGCUGUCUUCCAAAACGGGCCAAUUGUACGGUGGUGCCAAUGGCGUUGCUGUUCAAGUUAAUGUAAGGGACUGCAGCCGCUACACAUCAUGCGAUGACUGCCUUCUUGCCAGAGACCCUUACUGUGGCUGGGACAUGAUCAGCGGCCAGUGUGUGUCGGUUGUCGGCGCAUUUCUUAAGUCUAUAAUUCAGAGUUUGACUGAUGGAGACCUCCAGAUGUGCCCCAUUUCUGAUUUGAAAAAGAAACAUCCCAUUGUCCACCUGAACAUCAGGAUAGCGCAGUUCCUUCCAUGUUCCCCUAAAACAAACCUCCCAAUCAGCUGGCGCCUCUCGGACAGCAUCCUCCUUCCAGGUCCCCGACACACUGUACUGAGCCUGGGACUCAUCAUCAGACCUUCCUAUUCUGAGUCUGGCAUUUACACCUGUGAGACAGUGGAAACAGUAAAGGGUAAAGUGCACCGGAAGAUGGUGGUCCAGUACUUCGUCCAGGUUCAGGACCCUAGCACUCUUGUCAGGACAUUGAAGGCAGCUGUUAUCGUCUUGUCCUGCUUGCUGAUAUUGCUCAUAUGCAGUGUACUCGUGAUCAGACGCAUACAGGCAAAAAAGCAAAAUCACAUUGGUUGUGGCAACGAAAACAAGAACAACAAUCACAUGAUCGUUAGUCCUUUCUUUCACUAUGACCCUACCUCUGAUCGACUCUGUGACCAGGAAGAGGAGCAGAGUGUGGAGGCUAGGAGUGUUAAAGCUAUACUCAUUCUCCCAGAAGUCACCUUGGUAAACCUAGAUGUGGAGGUGGAGGCAGACACUGUCAACGGCUGCACAGUAAUCGAGAUCUGA